AUGGGUCUUCCCAUCUGGCGCGAUCCACGCGAAAAAGUGUCCGCGCCGCCGCCCGAUCGCACUGCAGGUCCACGCUCGAGUAUACGCCGACGUCCCUCGAUUCAUGGCCGCCAUAGUGCCCAUCCGCGUGCACGACUUGCGCGUGAGGCAACCGGAUUGCCGCCGCGCUUCGAACGGUCGCCGCCGCCGCCAGCUGUUGGCUUCAAUGGCAUGCGCAACCCGCGUCGCGGCGAGGACAGAGGCGUGCCGCCCAUCUCGAGUUUGCUAGAGGCCGCCGAUAGGUCCACUUUCCCUCCUGCACCCGUCCCAGAGUCGGGACGUUUGGGCCACUGGAUCGCUGGGUCAGACGAGGGUCAUAGCGAGAGAUAUCGCCGUCGCUAUGCUGCGCGAAUGUUGCUACAAGAAACAGAGGCGCGGCGCAGUAGGGCAGACUUGCGCCAAAUCCAAAUGCGCGCCCGGCAAGCGGAGCAGGAGCGCGCUGUGGAUAAUACGGAUGCGGACGAGCCGACCAUGUCUGCUUCAUGGCGCGAACCCGAUGGUCCAGCCGAUGCGUCCGGGUCCCCCACGCUACGCAGCGUGCCAAUAUACGCGAUUGUAGCGAGCCCUGGCGAAAUGCUGCGCGGCGCACAAUCGCCUGGCCUUCACGAAGACGAGUAUCGGCCGCAAUCUCCAGACCACAACGCUGCGCGGCGGCUUACGCUUCCGACACCACCUUUGGACGUUUCCGGACCCGAGGAUGGUCCCCUCAUUGAAGACGUUGAGGUCUCUCAGCCCCAUACAAAUCGCAGAUCGCAUCCCUUGAGCUCGACAUGGCGAAUUGGUUCGCCUUCGAUCAACGGCUUGGGUGACCGAAAUCGCAGUCCUACGCCAGGAGAUGGAUGGGAGAUCAUACGCACUACGAUUACACCCGACGAGACGCUGCCCAGCGCCGACAGUAGUUUUGCAAGCUCUGCCGCAAGUCGAUCAUUCAAUGCUCCGACUACUGACACUCAGAUUACUGAACCUGAGCCCGAGGCUUCGAGCUCUGAACGCAGUCGCGGCACAUCAAGCGGAGAACGUCGUGCCGAGUCCACCUCUUCCCUAAAUCUCGACGAUCUCGCUUGCACCGACGAAGAUUUGUACAAUACCGAGGCGUUCGCGUCAGACAUGUGGUAUCACGAGAUGCGAACACCAGAGGGUCGUGCACGCAUCGCGCGUCACGAGGAGCUCCACCAGACUGAAGGCAACCGCUUCGCUCAUAGCUGGGAACCUGCAUCCGUAGACAUUGGGUUCAGACUCAUCGAGGAAGCGUUGGAUACCGAUGAGGGCCGCCGACGUGUAAUGCAGAUCCGGCAGGAUGCCCCAGAAAACAUCGAUCACUUUAACACGCUGCUCAGUGUGAGCAGACGUAUACGGGAUUCGCAUGAUGCCAGAGACAGGCCCGAAAGUCGUAGUAGCCGAGACAUGGCCGGUUCGCAACCUCCCAGCCCUCGCCCGGAUCUCUACAAUCAACAAGUGCUCAAUGCGAUACAAGCAGCGAACCAGCAGACGCAAGAAUACCUUCGUGUAUUCCGAUCACAGACACAGCAACUGUCGCCAACAUCGCCUCCGCCGGACUACGAAGCACCGGCCUCUUCCAUUCCAGACGUAGAUACCGCAACAUCUCAGGACGGACCUCAACCACACCCCGUGAGCCCACCCAGCUUGCGGAGCGAGCGAGAAGUCUCGGAAGCUCUCUUGAGCGGUGACGUGCAAGACCUCGAUAGCAUGCGACGCGUGAUAGAGAGGAUCGCCCAGCGCGACGAUGUCCCAGAGUCCUGGUGGAUGUCGAUGGGGUUGAACCUUUCGCGCACAAGACCCAGAGAGCGUAGUGCAGAGCGCAGACGGCUCGAAAGAGUCCAUGCUGAAACGAACAGAGUGAGGAGCGGGCGUGUCGAACGCGGAAGCUCAAGAUUAUGA